AUGCCCUCUACCUUAAUCUCAAGUAACGGCUCUCGGAUAACAACCGGUGUGAACACGAGUAGCUCGGGCUUGCGAGCUCUUCGAGGUGGGGAUGCUGUGUUCCGUGCAGGUCCCCCCCUUUCCUCUGGUUAUGCCAAUAAUGCUCACAGUAUUGGUGGCGGCAGCACGCUACAGCGGCGCAAGUACAGCGGUGGCGCUACACUUGGCAACUUGGAGCCGGGUGAACUAGAGAUGGAGACAUUCAAGUAG